GCGAGAAUAAAGUAGAUGUGAGCCGACCAACAACGGUUGUGAAGGGAAGUGAGAUUUACAUGCUUGUUGGAAAAUGCAGCGGGACAGCUGCCGGUGGUUCUGGGGAGGGCGGAGCUGAAGCCUCGGGACUUUUUCUGGUGAAAGGGGAAGUCAGUGGUGAUGAAAGUAAUAAGAAAAUCCUUUGGAAAGAUACUAAGGAUGUGCCACGGGCGUUUUUCGACGAAGAAAUUCAAUCCUUGGAAGGACUGAUUGGCGGCGGUGGAUCGGGUGUUGGGACGGAGGGCAAUGCACUUUUUUUCCCAGUGGAAGGCACAAAGAAGGAGGGCGGAAAGAAAAAGACUGUUUCACUGCUCAUAUACUCCUCGGAUAAUAAGAGUUGGAAGCUGUCGAAGUGGAUGUCUGACGAUGGCUGCAGUGAUCCCUCCGUCGUGGAGUGGAAGGACAAACUCAUGAUGAUGACUGCGUGUGAUGAUGGCCGCCGCAGGGUAUACGAGUCCGGUGACAAGGGGGAUUCGUGGACGGAGGCACUCGGGACACUCUCGCGUGUUUGGGUGAAUCCAAAGGAACGUGAGAAGGGCUUUCGAAGCGGGUUUACUACAGCGACUUUUGGCAUUGGGAAUGUUCAGAAAAAUGUGAUGCUCGUUACUCUGCCAGUGUAUUCAAAGAGGGUAAGCGCAAAUGAAAAAGGUGAACUUCAUCUUUGGCUGACGGACAAUACGCACAUUGUUGAUAUUGGGUCGGUAUCCGAUGAGGACGCUGCAGCCAGCUCCCUGUUGUACAAAAGUGCUGAAGGGGAAGAUAAUAAGGAGUUGAUUGCACUGUACGAGAAGAAGGAGGGCGGUGAGGACGAAAAAUCACGCAGUCUUUGGUCUGUGCUUCUGACUGCGCAGCUGAAGCGGGUGAAGGAGGUGCUGGCGACGUGGAAGAAAGUGGACGAACGUGUCUCCAAGAUGUGCCCCAAUUUAAGUGCUGAGAAGGAUAACCCAACUGACACUGCCUGCGACGCUGGUAAAAUCACGGAUGGGCUGGUUGGCUUUUUGUCCGGCAACUUCUCUGAGAGCACGUGGAGGGACGAGUACCUCGGCGUGAACGCCACAGUAAAGGGGACUGAUGGUGGGGCGGAGAAAAAGGCAGAAGUGGCCACAGUGGAUUCAGAGAAGGGCGUGAGGUUUCAGGGGGCGUGGGCGGAGUGGCCCGUUGGCAAGCAAGAGGAGAAUCAGCUGUACCACUUUGCGAACUACAACUUCACUCUUGUGGCGACGGUGUCCAUCCACAAGGCGCCGGAGGGAGUUAACCCCAUUCCUUUGAUGGGUGUGAAGAUGAAUGGUGAACCAAAGAAAUCUUUUGGGUUGUCGUACGAGAAAGGAAAGUGGAAGCUACUGUGCGGUGACGGACCAAAGUCUGGGGAGCACAGUCGCGAUUGGGAGCCGGGUACAACAUACCAGGUGGCCAUUGUGCUACAGAACGGCACCCAUGGCUCCGCGUACGUCGAUGGUCAGCAUGUGGGGGAUGCGCCAUGUGCAGUGGAAACUGCAGAUUCUAAAGGGAUCUCCCACUUUUACAUUGGAGGCGACGGAGGUGAUGCAGUUGAUGAAGGGAGUAAAGAUGUGACCGUGACGAACGUCCUGCUGUACAACCGCCCGUUGACUGUCACGGAGGUUGCUGCGCUUAACACGAAAAAACCCUCUCUUUCAAGGCUGGAUGGUGAGAAUGAAUUGGCAGGGGUUGCCCAUUCACCAGAAAAAGGUGUACCAGCUCCGCGGGGAACUGUCUCUCGCCCCAUUCUUGGCGAUCUUCAGCCGACGGCACCGGAACCGUUGAGGACAAGUAAAGAUGCGGUCGGCGCCGGUGCAUCUACAACAGCAGUGUCCACUGUAAAGACUUUCCCGGCUGGGGAAGGGUCUGCAAAGCAGUUGGCAUCAGUAACAUCUUCCGAGGGAACUCAAACUGUGGACGGCGCCUCCUUGUCUGAUGGUGGCCAAACGGUGGACACAGGAGAUGGAGGUGGGACGCGGGAAGAUGACCACACAAAACUCCUGAGCCGGGCGCGGGCUCUGGUGAGAAUGGGGAGCCAACGGAAGGACGAAUGUGCAGGAGGAA